AUCUGCCUUGUCUCUAAAAUCACUGUUAAUUCUUAAUCUUGUCUUAAUCUCGGAUAGAUUAAAAAGCAACAUGGCAUCUCCCCAACAUCAGCAACUGCUGCCUCACAACACAGAAGUGAGCUGUGACUCAAGUGGAGAGGGGGGGGUCUCUGUGAGGAUCGGCGGCAGUGUCAAACACAAGCAUGGAGGCGGGCCACUGGGUUCAAUUGGGGGAGGCUUCAUAGGGGGAUCCAAGCACUGCAAAUAUAGCAUCUCCUCCAGCUGUAGCUCUGGAGAGUCUGGAGUGAGGAGGCCGGUGGUCAAGAGCCUUCGCACCCAGAAGAAGAUGCCUCAGCUGUUUGAGAGAUCUGCUGGACAUUUCUGGGACCCAAAGUUUGACUCUUCCAUCCUGGAGGAAGCCUGUAGGGAGAGGUGUUUCCCCCAGACCCAGCGGCGGUUUCGCUACGUGCUCUUCUACCUGAUCGUGGCUGGCCUCCUCUGGGGAUUGUACUUUGCUGCCAACCCUUCCCGCUGUGACAGGAUGGCUUUUCUCCUUCCCACUGCUUUUUUUCUCCUCUUCUGCCUCCUUCUCCUCCUUUUAACGUUCACCAAGCUGUACUCCCGCUGCUACAACCAGGCAUCUCUGCUGCUCAUCCUUGUGACGUUUGCGCUAACUUUGGCCCCUCAGAUCCAGACAUCAGGCUUCGGGGACUUGGAGACUGCCCCGCCUAAAUUUGAUAUGGAAGACUUCAGUGGCAUGGAGCCCAGAUACAAUCUGACAUAUGACAAGAUGGUGGCAUAUAACAACUGGACCCCCUGCAUUUCUCCUGUAGGCACCUUCUCCCUCUGCAUGGAGGUUUUACUGUUGCUGUACAGUGUUCUCCAUGUUCGCCUCUAUGCCUCUGUCCUGCUGGGGCUCCUUUACUCUGUCUUCUUUGAGAGUCUGGGUUGGCUGCACCUGGCCCAGGCAGGGGACGACUGGAGCUUUGCUUCUCAGACAGACUGGGAUACACUUAAUUGGCUGGGCCCUGCUAAAGCCCUGCUUCACCUGUGUGCCCAUGCCAUUGGCAUUCACCUGUUCAUCAUGUCUGAGGUGCGGUCACGCAGCACCUUCCUCAAGGUGGGUCAGGCCAUCAUGCAUGGAAAAGAUCUGGAAGUGGAGAAAGCCUUGAAGGAACGGAUGAUCCACUCUGUCAUGCCCAGAAUUGUGGCCGAUGAACUGAUGAAGCAGGGUGAUGAGGAGAUCGGUGACAGCUCUGUUAAACGCUACUCCAGUAGUGGCGCAGCAGCCGCCAUCUCCAGCCCCAAGAGCAACAAACGCAAGAAGACCUCCAUCCCUCGAGGCCAGAUCAUCUUUAGACCCUUCAACAUGAAGCGAAUGGAGCCCGUCAGCAUCCUCUUCGCAGACAUUGUAGGUUUCACCAAAAUGUCUGCAAACAAGUCUGCUCAUGCCCUGGUGGGACUUCUGAAUGACUUGUUUGGGCGUUUUGAUCGACUUUGUGAACUAACCUGCUGUGAGAAGAUCAGCACUCUGGGAGACUGUUACUACUGUGUGGCUGGUUGCCCUGAACCCCGACCGGACCACGCCUACUGCUGUGUGGAGAUGGGCCUCGGCAUGAUCCAGGCUAUUGAACAGUUCUGCCAGGAGAAGAAGGAAAUGGUCAACAUGCGGGUGGGUGUCCACACAGGCACUGUGCUGUGUGGCAUCCUGGGCAUGAAGCGCUUCAAGUUUGAUGUUUGGUCCAAUGAUGUCAACCUGGCCAACCUAAUGGAGCAGCUGGGUGUGGCUGGGAAGGUCCACCUGUCAGAGGCCACGGCUAACUUCCUGGAUGACCGCUACCAGCGGGAAGAUGGACGGGUCACCGAGAGAGUCGGACAGAGUGUGGUGGCUGAUCAACUCAAAGGCCUGAAGACCUACCUAAUCUCAGGAAGAAAGGUGGAGUCGCACUCUCACUGUAGUUGCUCCCAGUUGGGCAUGGCCGGGCCCCAGCAUGGAGACCCUUCCAAAGUGCAUAGCCCCGAUGGAGCCCCCUCAGCCUGCACCCUGCCUGCAGACAGAGCCAAAUCGCCCUGUCUCUCCUGCAGUGUGGUCCUGAUACCAGGGGAGGAUCAGGUUCUGGAAGAAGGAGCAGUGCAGAAUGGCUGCCAUGACGACAACAAGACCAAUAGCAACAAGGACCCCUCAGCCCUGAAGUGUCCCCCGGUGGCCCCUGCAGGUCGCGGCCACAAGACCUUGAAUGGCCUGCUGAGUCCUCGGCUGGAGACUCUGACCAACAGUCAGACGUCACUGUGUGAGAUGCUGCAGGAGAAGGAGAAGAAGACCUGGAGCGGAGGGGCCAUGGGCAUGGACCACUCGGCGCUUAUCCCUCUGCGCUCAAAGAAUUUUCGAGAGAGGAGCGAUGCCCACUUUGUGGAUGUUAUCAAAGAGGACAGCCUGAUGAAGGAUUAUUUUUACAAGCCCCCCAUCAACAAGCUGAGUCACACCUUCCUGGAGAAGAGCCUGGAGUCUGCCUACCGGACAAGCUACCAGGAGGAGGUGGAUACCCAGGCAGCGGUGCAGACCUUUGCUAGUCCGAUGUUCAGCUCCUUCCUGGACAUGCUACUGUGCUGCUCGGUUUUCUUGGCUCUCUCCCUGGCCUGCUUCCUCCGACCGCUGCUGACCCACCAGACUCUGUCCACACCAGCUCUCAUCGUGACGACUGUUGCUACCCUGCUGGAAGCUCUGGCUCUGCUGUUGGCAACACGUAUGGCCUUCUACCUGGACAAUGUGCUGAGUUGCACUCAUGUCUUGAUGAAGGCCGUCUCAGGCUGGGUACCACGUCAUCUCUUUGGAGCUGUCCUGGUGUCCCUGCCUGCCGUGGCUGUCUUCUCCCAUGUCACCUGUGAUAUGCAUCUCUCUGUCCAGUUCACCAUGUUCACCUGCUGUGCUGUCAUCAUCGCCAUCAUUCAGUAUUGUAACUUCUGCCAGCUCAGCUACUGGACGCGCUCGGCUCUCGCCACCUUGGUGGGACUGGUCCUGCUGGCCUUGCUCUUCAGCCCCCCCUGCAGCAUUGCCAACAGUCUCUUUUUCUGGUCAGACGCCCAGACAAAUAACAGCAACAGCUCCAUCAGUAUGACUGACAGCCCGGCAGACCCAGAGCCAGUGCCCCAGGACCUGCUGGGCCCUGAGGCCUGUGUGGCUUUCUUCCUGCUCCUCCUUCUGGUCUGGUUCCUUAACCGUGAGCUUGAGAUCAGUUACCGCCUGCAUUACCAUGGCAACGUGGAGGCUGACCAGCAUCGCAUUAAGAUCCAGAACAUGAGGGACCAGGCCGACUGGCUGCUCCGCAACAUCAUCCCCAUCCACGUGGCUGAGCAACUGAAGGUCACGCAGAGCUAUUCUAAGAACCACGACAAUGUGGGUGUAAUCUUUGCAAGCAUUGUUAACUUUAGUGAGUUCUACGAAGAAAGCUACGAAGGAGGCAAGGAGUGCUACCGUGUCCUCAAUGAGCUAAUUGGAGAUUUUGAUGAGCUAUUACGCAAGCCUGCCUUUAGCAACAUCGAGAAGAUCAAGACCAUUGGUGCCACGUACAUGGCAGCAUCAGGACUCAAUGCGCAGCAGUGUGCAGAUGCAGCCCAUCCUCAUGCCCACCUCCGGGCACUCUUCGACUUUGCCCUGGAAAUGAUGCAUGUGGUGGACGACUUCAACAAGAACAUGCUGGGCUUUGGCUUCAAGCUUCGCAUUGGAUUCAACCAUGGCCCUCUAACAGCAGGAGUCAUCGGCACCACUAAGCUACUUUACGAUAUCUGGGGCGACACAGUCAACAUUGCCAGUCGCAUGGAUACCACAGGUGUGGAGUGCCGAGUCCAGGUCAGUGAGGAGAGUUACUGUGUCCUCAGUGGCAUGGAAUAUGAGUUUGACUACCGUGGCACUGUUAAUGUCAAGGGCAAAGGUCAGAUGAAGACCUUUCUAUAUCCCAAGAGUAGUGACAGCGGUCCUGUGCCUCAGUACCAACUCUCGGUGUCACCAGAGAUCCGGGCGCAGGUGGACGGCAGCAUUGGACGCUCACCGACUGAUGAAAUCGCCAGCAUGGUGCCGGCAACCUGCAUGACUUCUAGUAGUACCAAUACUGUGGUGACCAGCACCAGCACUGGUUCCUCGACCAGCACAGGAAUUGGCAUCAGACUCUCGGGCCAGGAGAGAGAUGUGGCAGAGUGUGGAGACAGGGCAGACAACCGUGACAGAUAUCCCUCCACAGAGACGUCUCAUGCGAGGCGCUCGCCGUCUCACUCUGGUCUGACAUCUCUGCCUAUUACCAAUCUAGGCGGGCCACCUCCUUCUACAAACAACAAACAGCUCAUCAUCUCUCCCUCAGUCCAUCAAAACAAACCCCAGAAUUCCACCACAGAGUCACAGAAAGACAUAGGGAAGGACAAAAAUGAGCUUGAUUAUGACAGUAACACGGGAGAGCUAACCAAACUUUAAGAUUUUUGUACAAUGGCGCAUUUAUCAUGAAAUUCGCUGCCCUUUAAGCUCUUGCACCUGCCUGUUCGCGCUUAUGGAUUUUGGUGUGCAUUUGGUCCAAACCCACAUGGAGAAAGAGUAUAUGGGAAAACUAUAGAUGGCUCUUUGCUGCAUCAUUUAGGCAGGAGUUUGUCUUUUGUCUUACAUUUAUGGCCUGAUUGGCUGAUAUUGUCAGUGGAAGGUGGUGGGUGGACCAUAGGAAGCGUAUCGGGCAGGAACACACAUAGGAAAUGGGAAAAAAGCGAUGGCCAACUCUGAACGUUCUCUUACUUACUACAGAUCCCAUCGUCUCCCAUUAGCCUACUUGAUUAUCAGUAACACCUUUAAUCUUAAUUCUUUGAAUAUUGUUUCGCCUUUUGUAUUUCAUAUGUCUUUUAAGUGCCUUUAGAAUAGAAUAAUAUGUAGAGUAAGCCUUUUUUGGGUAAGGGAAGAGUAAGAUUUAAAGGGAAAAAUCUAAACUUUUUGGAAGAAAAUGCUUUGCUUUUGUUACGAGUUUACUUAUUGGUCUCAUGUUUUGCAGUAUCAUUUUGCAGUGUUAUUUCUGCCUUUUUAUCAGUGAAAAGCUCAACGAGCUGACCUUACAUAUGGAAGUGCUAUAAAUCUAAGGGGAAUCACAGUGUGUGUGAUCCAAAGGGAAAUAAGACAGAUGCUCUAAGAUACUUAAAUGUAUUAGUACAAUCUCCUGUUCUCACAUUCUUCAUGAAAACUGACUCUUUAUGAAAGACAGAGCAGAGACUAAUCAAUACAGGCUGAAUGCAGAGGAGGCCUAGCAGCAUGCUGUGUGUAUACAGAAUGCAUAUGUCUGCAUGCGUGCGCGUGUGUGUUAAUAAAAGCAGGCCAGUGUUUCCUGCGGAGAGAUGCCUGUGAGUUACAUUACAGAACUGGUGAAAGUGCAGGAUGACGGAGAGCUCUGGAGCACAAUCGAGAAAAAAUGAAACCCUCCGUGCUGAUGUGGCAGCAUUUUCUCUGGCCUUGGUUAAGAGCCAUCAUUUCUCAGUGUACUGAGGCAUGAUGGCUCGGCUAGCUAGACUUAGCCACUAGCACCACCGGCACUGUAGAUGAGGCUAACUGUUAGCAUCAGAGGCUAGUGCAGUGUGUGUGUGUGUGUGUGUCCUCCCCCAUGGCUUGCGCUAAUGCUCUUUUGGGAACUCAAACUGUAGUUAGUGUUGAUGGAUAUUUCAGUGGAUCCUAUUAGGCACUGCUAUACCUGUAGAGCUUCUUUAGCCAUGACAUUAGAUAAAGUAGAGAUGGCUACAGACUGCACUGUGUGCGAGUAGAUAGUGCUUUGUGCAUGGUGGGAUAAUCAAAAAGGAAUGUCACAAAUCAGAAGACAUGUUUCAUUCUCUUUUGUUAUAACACAAGACUUGAACUCUUAAUGUGAAGAUCCCCUUACUAAGGUGUAUGAUUUUUUUUUUUUUUUUUUUUAACGGAUGCAAGUAGAUUUUAUCGUCUGCUCUGUAUUUACAGUGGCAUGAAACCUAAAAGUGUCACUGUAAAGGCAAACACAGUGUACCUAAUAUAUUCCAUAUGACUCUCUAAAUGUUUUAUUGUUUCUCUUUUGGCUUUUGGUGAUUUCAUACUUUUUUUUUUCCAGAUCAGUUACUGAGAAAGUCCUGUUGAUUAAACUGUACAUAUCCCAUGACAGUGACUGUGCUCUCUCUCUCUCUCUCUCUCUCUCUCUCUCUCUCUCUCUCUCUGUUUAUGUGUGCACCUCACAUGCACACACUGUCUUUCUCAGCAAAAAGGAUUGUGUGCUCAGAGGCAAGAAAAAAAAAUUAACAUGCAUUCUGUUUUACUGUCUUCUUUUUUUUUAUAUGUAACUAUCCAGAACAACAGAUAAACAACCUCAUUUGUCAUCUCAUCAUCAGCGCUCGUGUUAAUGAAAGCAACAAGACAGAAAUAUGAUGGCACAAAAGAUGGAGCCCAUUUGCCUUCUUUUAGAUCGAAAAUUGAACUCAACAGCAGCUUGUUACAGUAGCUUGUGCCUUUUAGCUUCCGACUUAACUUUCCUGUUGUUCUUCUCCUCAUUGCCAGCUCUAUUUUAGAGACGCAGAUUAUUUGUCAAGAGGUUAUGCUAUGCAUAAGCGAGAGAAUGUUUACUUUUUUCCGUCAAACAGUGCUCCAUUUUGAUGAUGUGUUACAGAGUCAUGACGUUUGUACAAGAAUUUCAGCUCCCAUACUUUUGAGCGGUGCCUUUUCAUAAUAGAUACAGUUAAAAAAUAAUCUUAGAAAACACUUAGAUGGUCUAGAUUGAGAUGCAUCUAGAUUAAAAUUGGCCUUAUUGAAGUUUGUUGGAAUCACAUUUGUUUCGCUCCAUAUUUUGUGCUGCGUAUUGUUGCUCAGACGGAGUUGAGUUGUUUUGCAAUAAUUUGUGAAGCUUUGAAAGGGGAGAUGACCUUCAUGCUUUUGAGCACACAAACCUUACAACGGCCCCAGAUUCUGUGUAUUAUACCACAAUGAAGGGAUGUUUUGAAUAAUCAGUAUUGCUAAUAUCAAACGAUAAGUGCUUGAUAGACAUCAUGACACUUUAGUGCCAGGCAAAGCUCAUAAGCUCAUAAGCUACAUUACUUUAUUUUCCUUGAUAAUUUUGUGCAGCUUAUUUGAAUAAUAUCUUUUUUUAAAAAAAAACAAAAAAAAAAAACAAAAAAAACAAAACAAAAAAAACUCUGAACAUGCGAUAUAUUGUUUCUUCUUUCUUCUUCUAAUACUGUAUUUGGUACGAACGGGAACAAAGGGAAAGGGGUGUCCAUUCACAGAUUUGAUAGAGACCAGGUUUUGCCACUUAGAAUAUCUCUGUUUUUUGUGAGUGUCAUCCAUCCUGCCUUCACUGCAAACAUGAGCUUAUAUACUGAAAGGUUUAAGAUGUCAAGUGACAUUUUGACCAAGCAGAAUGGCACACUGGGAAUAUUUUGAUGCCAAAGAGUGUCAUAGCCAUCUUGUGGAGUUUUUUUUUUUUCUUUUUUUUUUUCUUUUGAAUAUUAUGUCUUAUCUCCUUCUCAAUUUGCUGGUUCUGUUGUGCACGUUUUAGAAGAGUCAUUUAUAUACUCACUGUUAUAAAGGUAAAAUAUACAUUUGCACAAAGCUCUCACUUUUUAUGUAUGUACAUUACGCCUUUCUAUUGUAUGGUGUCUGAGCAUUUUCUAUUAUUUAUACAUGCGCAUGUACUAGACUAUUAAAUAGUAUAAGGAACUGGGUAGAGUUAUAACAGUGUUGGAAUAAUAGUUGUGUGUUCUGUUUGCCUGCAUGUGUGUAAAGACGUACGAGUGUUUGUGAAACUGUGUGAUGGCGUGUGCUUUGGAAGGGAUGCUUAAACCUUAGUAGGGACGUGAGCUGGAUAUUUAAAUCAACUUUAUCAAUGGCCACCUUAGGAAAAUAUGACAUUACAGAACAAUAAGGCUUCAAUCACACCUGGGGAUUUUGUCGAAUUGGUAGGCAGUAGUAGCCUGCUAUAGCCAAGUUCUAAUGAAUUGUUGCUCUCUUUGGGAUUGUUUUUGUACAUAGCACUCAAGAGAUAUGCAAAUAAUGAAGGUUAAACACUGAAUAAAGUAAG